CCUCAUCAUUUCCAAGUGAGAUAUUGGGAUAGCUGGAAACAUGCCGUCGAGAACAAGGGUACAAUACGAUGGUGGAGUCUUUAGGAAAACAACAAUACCUAAACAUUCACAAAGCUAUAGGUUGGCUCCACCAAGGGCAUUGCAGUCAUACAGAGACGUACAAUAUAACCAGGGACCACCGACAGGAGUGGACAAUAUGGCGUCGAUGUAUAACGGGAGGCGUUGGGAUGACAGGAAUGGUGGAGACUGGAUGACUGCAGGCCUGCCGGACACCAGGAGGAUCGUGGAACUGGACGACGAUAGAGUGUUCGUGCCCGCUAAACCAGAAGAUCCCCCUCCGCCACCACAAGAGCUGCAAACUGACCACAAAGAGUCCCCUGAACCCCCUAAGAGACAAUCUACCAGAAGUACGGACCGGCCCAGAGGUCCAGUCUACUCCUUCAGCACGCCGACCUACCCGGCCAACCAUGACACAGACUCGGUGUACUCCCAGCCGAAGACACGCUACAUCCAGCCGGCCUCGUCAACCUACGCUGCGAAGGAUGACAGGAGCCUCGUCACAUUCAACGGUCUCCCAACCACCAUACUGAAGGCGAAGGUGAUGUACCCUAACCAGGCCUUCGCGCAGGGGGAGGGCAUCGGCAACGUGCCUGUCGGGAAGGAGGCUCAGUUCACUGUGGACACCACCAGGGCAGGGGAUGCCGGGAUAGACGUCGACAUCCGGGGCCCAAGCGGAAGAAAUGUGCCAUGUCACGUGACCGGAGACGGUGUUUUCAGGUGCCGGUACACUCCAACAGAAGUGGGAGCCCAUCAGGUCGGCGUGAAGUUUGCGAACGAGCACAUCCACGGCAGCCCGUACCAAGCCAACGUGUACGACUCCGGCCACGUCAAAGUCAAGGCGCCGGAGGUGGUGCAACUGGAGGAUGAGGCGACAGUACAGGUUAACGCAGAGGCGGCAGGAAGAGGCAGGCUGGAGGCGGAAGUCCUGACGUCGGGCCACAGGGUGCCCUGCAGGGUUCUGGAGGAGCCGAAUAUGAAAUACCAGAUUAAGUUCGUUCCCAAGGUCUGCAUGCCGCACGAGGUCAAGAUCAAGUACAACGAGGCGCUUCUGCCCGGGAGCCCAUACAAGGUGAAGGUAUCAAACCUACAGAACGUGUUUGCCUCGGGUGAGGGUCUCGGGCGCGUCCCCGUGGACAGACCUGCCAGUUUUACCGUGGACGCCACCAGGGCUGGGGACCCCAACCUCGGCGUCACAGCCAAAGUGCUCAGCCCAAGCUAUAUAGAUGUGCCUUGCAACGUGAACACUAACGGCUCCGGCCUGUACAACUGCGAGUACCUGCCGCGGGAGGUUGGCGACUACAGCAUUAACGUGAACUACGGGACCUCUGCCAUCGUGGGCAGUCCCUUCACCAGCCACGCCUACCACACUCACAACGUCAAGGUGCACAACGUACCGGACUCUGUCAUGGUGGACAGGGAGGUCAACUUCACCGUGAACGCCCAAGCAGCCGGGGCUGGUGACGUCGAACCGGAAGUGACGUGCAUGGGGCACCGCAUCCACACGAACAUGACGGAAAACCCCCGCGGAAGCCGCAACUACAACGUCUCCUUCGUGCCCAAGAUGUGCAAGACGCAUGACGUCAACGUCAAGUUCAACGGAUACGUCGUCCCUGGGUGUCCCCACCGUGUAAAAGUGACAGACGUGUCACAAGUGGCGGUGUCGGGACACGGGCUGAACUACGUGCCUGUGGGGAAACCAGCCGUCUUCAGCGUCGACGCUACUCACGCGGGGGAACCGGACAGUCGUCUGCAUGUCACAGCAUUAGGACCUGACCUACGAGAGGUCCCUGUCAACAUCUCUGGAUCCGGUGCCUACACUUGUGAAUAUGUACCCAACUUAGUGGGCAACCACACCAUUUCCGUGACGUAUGGAGCGGAGCAGGUGAGGGGCAGUCCCUUCACUGCGCGUGCGUACGACCUGACGAGGGUAAACGUCAGUGACAUCGGAGUAGGAGAAGUCGGAAAACCCAUGGGCUUCCAGAUAAACGCAAGUGAAGCCGGGAAGGGCACCCUGAGGUCAGAGGUCAGCUGCCAGGGUCGUCAGAUCUACAGCGACAUGAAGGAGUCACCACGUGACAGCGGCAGGUAUGACGUCAACUUCACGCCCAAGGUUCCCGAACAACAUGACGUCAUGGUCUACUUCAACAACGAAAUCGUUCCAGGCUGCCCCCUGCUUGCGGACGUGAGGCCGGAGCGGUCCCCCAUAGCUAGCGGGAACGGCCUGAGGGAAGGGCUGGAAGGACGGGCCUGCGACUUCACGGUGGACACGGCCGGCUGCAAGAAGGACAAGAUUGACGUGCAAGUCUUUGGCCCGAACGCGGAGUGUAACAACGUGAGUGUGGUUCAGCAUGCAGACAGGGUGGAGUGUUCUUACGUACCGAAGGAGACUGGUGUGCACGUGGUGGACAUCACGCACGGUGGGAAAGAAAUACCAGGGAGCCCCUUCCAACCAGUGAUCGUGAACCCCCACCGCGUGUCUGUGAUUGGUGGGAUGGACAGCAUCCUGGCGGCCAAUGGGCGCCUUCCCCUGGUGGUGAGCGAGCGGUGCACGAUCCCGCUGACGACCAGCCAGGCCGGCCCGGGCAGGAUGACGUCACGCGUCAGGAGCGCGUCACGUGACCUCCCCGUGGACGUGGACGUGAAGCCUGACGGGAAGCAUUACGUCAGCUUCGUUCCAGAAGAAGAGGGUGAGCACAACAUAGACAUUAAGUGGAACGACCACCACAUCAACAGGUCCCCGCUGAUCGGCGACGCUGACCAGUACGCUGUUGACGCGCGGCGUGUGGAGCUGAGCGGGCCCGGGCUGGGGCCGGAGGUCAAGGGCAGCACCAUGCAGGAGUUCAUCAUCGACGGCAGCAGAGCGGGGAGAGGUUCUCCCCAUGUCACCAUGAACGGUCCACAGCCUGUGGACGUGGCCCUGGAGCCCAUCCUUGGCAAGAAGAACGUCUACAAGGCAAAGUACGAGGCCGUCGAGCCAGGCCAGUACCAGAUGAACUGCCUGUGGUCUCACAAGGAGGUUCCUGGCUCCCCGUUCGACAUCCAGGUUUACGACAGCAGGCGGGUGACGUAUGCAGGGCCUGACGUCGGCAACCUGGGCAGGACGGUCAAGGGCAUCAUCGACCCGAGAAGGGCGGGAAAACAAGGUAACAUGAAAGUGCGCUGCUCUGGCCCGUCGAAGCGUGCUGACGUCAGCCUGGCUGAGAACGGGGACGGGACGAUCGGGGUGGAGAUCCUGCCUCACGAGGCCGGCCCGCACAACCUGGAGAUCCGCUGUAACGACGAACCCAUCGCCGGUUCUCCUUUCAUCAUAGAGAUUGAGGACCAGCCCGACGCCAGCAAGGUGCGAGUGUUCGGCCCGGGGCUGCAGAGCGGCCAGCUGGACGGCUUCAAGGGAAACUUCCUGGUGGACGGCAGCGAGGCCGGGCCUGGGGAGCUGAAGAUCCGCGUCUACGGACCUUCCAGAGAUUCCUUCAGGUUGGAAUCCAAAGUGUUGAACGAAGAAGACAGGAAAGUGGCCAUGUCCUUCAUCCCCAAGGAAGAGGGUCGGUACGAGAUCGCCGUCAACUGGUCCGGAGAACACGUCCCUGGCAGUCCGUUCCCUGUCAUCGUACACGGGCGUCAAGACGUCAUGGCGGAGGGCCAAGACAUGGUCAACUCCGCUCCUCCCAUGGUCGAACCUCCUCCUCUCCCAGCACUACCCCCUCCACGAGACUACGACUACCUUCCUCAAGGCAACCGCGACUUCGACGACCCGAUCUACCGGCCCCCUGCACCCCCCAUCCGUCGGCAACCCUCCUACGAGCCCCGCAGGCCGGCCAACGGUUACUACGUCGAUCCAUACCCGUACCCGAUGCCACCAGAGGGGUACGAGCGACCGUCCUACUCCAACCCCGUCUACGAUCGCUACUACGAGCCAUACGACAAGUUCCCACCAAGGGACUACCUCGAGUUACGCAAGGACCAGUACUACUACCAUCCACGGUACGAGGGGUACGAACCAGCCAGUAGGUAUUACCCGCUGAACCCCAGGUCUGACUUAGACGACAUCGACAAGAGGUCUGAUUUUUACAUCCCAACAGACGCGCGUGAAGGGAGGAAGGCCAGAAAACUGCCAGCGAUAACAUACUAGAAACUCCGCAUUUUGUAAAAAAAAAACGUUUAUCGAGAUGAUAUAACGCUAUCACAUAUCCGAGAAAAGUAGUAUGUCAUCACUGGCAAUUUCGAAGAUUUCUUGGUGACGUGUCUAAAACAAAAGAAAAUGGGAAAAAAGAAAAAAAAACAAAAACAAAGGCUUUGACCUCCAAUUUGUACAGGUUUCAUUUCAACUACUGCCUUAUCAAGCAGAGACUUCUCAUUGGGAUUGGUUUAAAAUCAACUCCUUAAACUCUGUGAAACAGUUGAACAUAUGAUUAUGUUCAUAAUCCAGUAAUACAUGUAUGUAUUCUGACAUUCUGACAUCACGUAUAUUAUCGUUGUGUCCAGAUUUCUGUGCCUUCCUCCACAAACUAACGCGACAUGACUAUACAUAAUGACCACAACAAUAUGAUGAACAGCAAAUGGGGUUGAUUAUCGUAUCAAUAACUUCUGGUGCAGAAUCUUACUUCUGAGUUAAACCUCGACAGCUAAUCUGAUAUACAUAUACAUAUGCUAUUGAAAACUACAUUACCUAAGAGAAAUAUUCAAGUUAUACAUGUGUAUUUUCAAGUUGUAUGUAUUGUUUUAUUUCAAGUGUUUCAUUUCAAUAUUUCUUAAUAUUAUGAGCCAUAAUAUCAUAUCAGUAUACAUGAAUAUAUGUUUCCUUAGG